GCAGAUGUGAGUGAGUAGUGCGAUGGCGUGUUGUGUGAGACCAUGGGUGGUGAGGUUGAAUCUCGCGAUCGCUGCGAUUGGCGGGCUGCUGGGGCUCAUUGCGUUCCUCUGCUUCGGGUUCUACUUCCAUAACGAGCAUGCUGCCGUCUGGGGCCUGGUUUCGGCCCUGUUGGCGUCGGUAGUCGCACUGCUGCACUAUCUGUACAUCAAAGAAGAGCUUGACGUGUGGUAUUCGGGGGGUGGUCUCUACAACAUCGCAUUCCUGGGACUUUGUGGUGCACUCAUGGGACUUGCGGGGCUCAUCUUCUACGUAUUUCUCAUAAUCUACUACAAACUACCCUUUUCUGCGUCGGAAAUUUCGGACUCUUACUACAUAGCGACAGUUUGGUCGUUUAUGACAGCCAAGUGGGGGAUGGGUCUUUUCAUGCAUGCGAGGAACUACAAGACAAUUCUAGAGGGUGAAGACGAUGGUCUGAGGCCGUUAUGUGACCGGGAAUAUCUGAGUUGCAGCUUACAUGAUCCGAUUGGUGCCUGAAGCCGUAUAACAUUCAGUACUGUGAUGACGUUGGGCGAUGAAUUCUGUUUUUUUUUUUUCUUAGUCGUAGGGAAAACGGAGGACUCUCAGCCACGAGCUUUCCAGCGAAAAUUUCAAAUUUGAACUGAUUCAUUCCGAUCAACGCCACUGCAAAAUAAAAGCUUGGUGUAAUUUUUGAUAGUACUGUGAAAGCGAUCAAUGUUGUGGUUUUUUUUUUGCCGCUCAUCGGCAAGAGCUUCAGAAAUGAAUUUUUACGAAGGAA